UAUCGUUGAGAUAUUAUAUAUCUAUUAUAGAAUCUAGAUCAGAGAUCUAUCUAGAUUUCUACUAUAAUCUAUAAAUCUAGAUCUAGAAUCUAGAUUCUAGUUAAAUUUUCUCUUCUUAUCUUUAACUAAACUUAACUAAACUCUUGUUGUUAGUGGUAGAAAUCUUCUAGAUAUCUAGAUCUAGUCAUUAAUUAAUAAUUAUUAAUUAAUAAUACUUUAAAAAUACAGUAGGCCAGGGCCAUAAUAUUAAUUAAUAAUAGUAUUAAUAGGAUAGGCCUUUCUUUAAUCAUUAUUUUUUUUUUAAGCCUAAUAAGUUAAAAAAGUAAGUUUAUAUGUGACAGUUUAUGUCGGUUUUUAAUUUAAAUCAACUUCAGAGUACUUUAAGACUUUAGUCUUACUUAAUUUAAUUAGCUGCUAUAGUAAUUGCCUUAGUAAGUAGAGUAGUACUAGUAGACUAGACUAUGUCGUUAGGAGACGAUAGCGGUGAAAGAUUAAGGGAAGCAGCUUGCGUGGGAGAUUUAUCUCUGGUAGCCAAACUUGAAUCACAAGGAAUUGACAUAAACAGCAAAAAUGCUAUGAAUGGUUGGACAGCAUUACAUUGGGCAAGUAAAAGAAACCAUGUGAAUGUUGUUAAAUAUUUGCUGAGCAAAAAUGCUGACAAAUCUAUCACAAAUAAAGAUGGCAAUACACCAGCUCAAAUAACAUCAAAUGAGGAAAUAAGACAAUUACUUGGAGCAUCCACAGAUAUAGAAGUAAAAGCUGUUCCAUUGCCAAUAACACCAAAUUAUUUAGUCAACCCACCAUUUCCAUAUGCUGAAACUGACAAUGGAGAUUCACACUCUGUUCAUGUGAAUUACUCUAAUCACAGUGUUCCCAACAAAGCAGCCGGUGGUGAUUACAUUAAUGGAAGAUACAAAGAAGGGAAUCCUUAUGCUACUGAAUUGGUGUUGAAAGCUCGGAUUGCAAAUUGUGAAGAAAAAGACUUCAUUGAAGUUGAGCUUGGCUUCUCCAGUUUAAACUUUAGUUCUUUACUAAACUUAUUGUGUGCUGAACUUGGAGUGGAUAAAAAUCUUGUCUCCAAAAUCCGUAAACUACCUGAUACAAUAGUUAGAAAAGACAAGGAUGUGAAAAGGUUCAAAGAUUUUCAAGAGCUUGAGCUAGUUUUAACUAACAAAGCCAUGAGUAGUGCUUCACGCACUUACUCAAUAGGACCAGCAAGAAAUCAUGAAACUAUACUUUAUUAGAUUCAGUGUUUGUGAUUUUUUUAUAUAUUGUAAUUAUUAUGCAGCAGGUUUAUAUUUAUAUAAUACCAGAGCCAAAUAAUUGUUUGAAAUUACCUGGGUAAGCUUUUUAAAUAUAAUUUCAAUUAAAGAGAAUACAUAUUUAAUAGUUUUAAAUGUUGAUAAUUUAUAAUGUACAUUUAAAAAAUAAUUAAUUAAUUAAUUUAAAAAAAUAAUCUUCAUUGAAAUAUACUGUGUGUAAAAAAAGUGUAUAUGUUAAAUAUCUAUAUUUUAACUCAUGAAAUUUGCUAAACAAAAGAGCUCACAAAAUAAAAACUCAAAUUCAGGUGCAAUACAUUGAUCCAAUCCAUUUCAACAGUUUAAAUUUCAAACAAUUGUAAGGUUUAUUUUAUACUAGGGUAACCAUCACAACAGAGCAAUGAAACAUUUUAUAAAGGUUUCAUUAACACUUAAGCAGUAAUGUAUUUUUAGACACAUUGUCUUGUCUUCAAAUUGUGAGUUGUUUAAAGGUAUUCAAAGCCAGCGAUAUAUUUUUUGGAUCUUUCUUAGUUUGUCCACCCUACUGCCCAGGGCAUACUGCCUAAAAGAUUUGAGUGUAUGCUGAUCACUCUCCAGGUGUGUUCUAUAUGUCAGGGGCACUCUUGGGGGGUUGCUGUUACAUAACUGUAGUGGUGAUGUAAACACUGUAGAUGCCGACCGUGUUCAUAGUGUAGGGUGCUCUUUAAAACAAUAGUAGGCACCAUAGUGCUCAUGGUGGAGCCCAGGGUGCUCUAGGUCACCUGACCGCCCAUUACAGUUUGACAAUUGAAUCAAGUGCUCUGUCAACCUCCCAGGAGUUUUUCUCGAAAAUUUCUCAGUUAUUUGCUGAUCAGAUGAAGGGUGUAGUAAUCCAUAACAGACGGGAACACACAGAUAAACAUACUUUUAUUUAUACAUAAUAGAUAAGGAUUUUAAUUUAAGAAUAUACCUUUAAAAAUGUAAAUAUUGGUAAUAAAUAAAUGCUGUUCUAAAAACUUCUAUUGUGUAAAUUGUGGGGUUUUCACAGAAAACGUAGAUUUCUACAUUUUCAGCUUUGGUUCUUUUUUUUAUCUUUUUAAAUGAAAUAAAACUUCAGCUUGAGUAGUUGAAGAUUUUAAAAAACUUGAAUUAAGUAAAAAGAAUGCUCAUAGGUAAACAAAGAAAAGGUGUCAUGGUAAUAAUUGGGGUAAAAGUAAAUAUAAGUAAUUGCUUGGGUAAAUCUUGAUAUGCAAGUACAUGUUAGCAUUUUUACACCACUUUAAUGACAUUCUUAAAAACCUGUCAGUAAUGGCUCAUUAGUGACCUCUGACUGGAAGACUGCAACAUGACAGGAUGCAUUGAUGACAUUUCUAGGCUUAAAUGAUCGGUUUGUCUGCCGGAUUAUAGAAAAUAUCCUGUAAUUCCUGCUCCGUGCACUACCAUGCACCUUGAACAGUCUAUUUUAAUAAUCAGGCCCCCCCCCCCCCCUGAUUCUAAAACCAAGUAAAAGAACUAAUUUUUUGAUACUGCCUGUACUAUUAUUUAAGUUAUCAAAUCUUAACCUGCUUGAGAGUAUUACUAAACCACUGCCCACACACAACCUUGUGGAUAUCUACACUAAUUAUCAUUCUCUAGUCAAAUUAAUGAACCUAUUUUAACAAUAAUAAAUUGUGUAUUGAUUUGUUUUCUUAAAGUUGAUAUCAAACCUGAUGCCUUAGAUUUAAGAUUUUCACAAAUUUUGAAAGGAAAUUGUUAAAACUUGUUUAUGUCACUAAUGCAGCAAUACUUCUUUGGACACCCCUUAUAGAUAAUAUUCAGUUGACAGUGCUUGAUAUUCACACUUGUUUCUCUACUCAGUUGACAGUGCUUGAUAUUCACACUUGUUUCUCUACCUUUUUUUUGUAAAAGUAGAGUGCACUGCUGAGCUGAAUUUAAAUAAAGAUGAGCACUGAGCUUUAUACAACUUACAAGUUAGAGUUAAACCUCAUUAAGUUUUAAAAAUAUACAUAUUAUUACUGCUAAAUCGUGCAACUUUCUGGUUUCUAAGUUAUGAGUAUUGACUACACAAGUUUGAAGUGAAACACAUAUGGGAAAUAUUUGUUGCAUGCUUAUUGUUAAAUAUUUCAAAUGUGUGUAUUUUAAAAAACAUUUCUAAACUAAAACUGAGUGAAGUAUUCUUAUUCUUCAUUUUGUUAAAACUGUAUUAAGAUUACAUGUUCCAUAAUAGAUUUGUACUUUAUACUUAAAUAAAUCUAUAUACUGCUGCAAA